AUACAAAGCCCAACAUGAGUUUUUCAAAUAAAAAAGUAAAAUAAACACUAAGGAUUAAAGUACCAGGAAUAUUAAAUACAGUCAAUGCAAAGCUUUGCAGAAUGUCGGAGGUUUACAUAAGUCCUGGAUCACUUACCUUUAAAAAUGGGAACUUCAUACUGGAUGGAAAACCAUUCCGGAUAUUCAGUGGCACCAUGCAUUAUUUCCGUGUGGUUCCCGAAUAUUGGAGGGACCGCUUCAAGAAGAUGAAAGCUUGUGGUUUGAAUACAGUAGAAACAUACGUUCCAUGGAAUUUGCACGAGGAAUAUCCAGGCGAAUUUAACUUUUCCGGAUUAUUGGAUGUUAGAGAGUUUAUUCGACAAGCUGGUGAGGAGGGGUUAUACGUCAUCUUCAGACCGGGACCCUAUAUCUGUGCAGAGUGGGACUGGGGAGGGAUGCCGAGUUGGUUACUGAAGGACCCGAACAUGAAAGUCCGAAGUAAUUACCCUCCGUAUGUGGAAGCCGUGAAACGUUUUCUGGACGAGCUGCUGCCAAGAAUUGUCGAUCAACAGCACAGCUGUGGUGGACCAAUCAUUGCAGUACAGGUGGAGAACGAAUUUGGUUCCUACAGCACGGAGGUUGAUCAUCUCCACGUCAUCAGAGAGAUACUUUUGAAGAAUGGCAUCAAGGAACUUCUUCUAACAUCUGACAAUAUAUUUGGACUGAAAAGAGCGCCAUUUUACAAAUAUGCCUUACCUACUGCUAACUUCCCAACUAUGGAAGAUGGCGCCAAACUGUUCAAAAUGAUUCGAGAAUGGAGUCCCGAGUUUCCUCUAAUGGUUAUGGAGUUCUGGCCUGGUUGGUUUGACCACUGGGGACAACCUCACAAAGGAUUGGAUAUUCCAGCGUUUGAAGCCUGCCUUUCUGGUAUCUUGGAUGCUGGAGGGUCUUUUAACAUGUACAUGUUUCAUGGAGGAACCAACUUUGGUUUCAUGGCUGGUGCCAAUUAUUUUGAAGGAUCACACUACAAACCCGAUGUUACAAGCUAUGAUUAUGACGCACCUUUGUCAGAGGCAGGUGACAUCACUCCAAAAUAUUUAAAGGCCAGAGAAAUAAUAUUGGAGAAGGGACUGAAGCCACAGGGAAUAACAUCUUUACCAGAACUUCCUGCAAAUGUGCCAAAGAAAGCAUAUGGUGAAAUUGCAGUGUCUCAGUUUUUAGAUUUAAAAAAUAUUUUAUCUCUAAUGACACCAAUAAAGACAACAGAACCAGUUUUAAUGGAAAACCUUGACUACCACCAGGGAUAUGGCCAAUGUUUUGGAUACAUUUUGUAUCGAGCUGAAAUUAACCCAGGAAAAGAAUUACUAUUCACUGAAGUACCAAAGGAUAGAGUACAAGUGAUGGUUAAUGGGGAAGAGAAGGGAAUACUUGAUUGGAUGAGCAAGGAUGGAAAAUUAGAAAUUGACAAUAUUUUGGAAAACAGUACGCUGGACAUUUUGGUUGAAAAUCAUGGAAGAGUAAACUACAUUGAAUAUGGUUCUAACAGAUUCAAUGAGGAAAGAAAAGGUAUUAACCGGUCUAUAAAGUUGGAUGGAAAAGAAAUAAAGAAAUGGGACAUAUUUCCACUAGAUUUCAAAUCAAAUCUAUUGGACAGUACCCGAAAUUGUGCAGAAUGGAAACCAAUUACUUCGAAUCGUAAAGGACCUAUGAUUCUGAGGACAUCGCUACAAAUAGACGACACACCUUGUGAUACCUUUCUUGAUAUGAAUGGUUGGAAUAAAGGUGUUGUGUUUCUGAAUGGCUUUAACCUUGGAAGAUACUGGAAAAUUGGACCCACAAGAACACUGUAUGUCCCUGCUCCGUUGUUAAAACGGGGGGAAAAUGAGAUCCUGAUCUUCGAACAACAUGCUCCAGGUAGUUCUAUUAGUUUUCUUGAUUCACCACUCCUGGGAGAGAAGGUGGAGACAAAGGAGGCAGACUCUGCAUGUUACCCUACAGAAACUGAGAACAGUUAAUUUUAUGCAUCAGUUUAUUGCGAAAUAACAAGAAAUGUAUUACAGUGUACUUUCUUUCUCAGUCUACCUUCUCAAAAUUUAAUGUUUUUUAAAAAGAUUUCUAUUUCUAGAUUUCACUAGUCCUAUAAUGUUUAGAAGUCUUUUCAAAAUGCUUUGAAAUCCAUAAAAUGAUAAAUGUACAAGAUAGCUAAUAACUUUAAACUUGUCAAGAACAACUGAAGAUAAGAUUUCAAGAUAUUUUCCCCAUGGAUCCAUAUAACAGAAUUCAUAUAAUGU